UAAAUUUCUGAAAAGAACUAGGCUGCAUUAGAGAUAAAGCUCCAGCCUUCUCACAUACAGUCUGCUUGGCAUCAAGGAGGCAAUCACCACACAGCAAGAUGUGUAAGGGUCUAGCAGCGUUGCCCCACACAUGUCUGGAGAGAGCCAAGGAGAUCAGGACGAAGUUGGGCACGCUUCUCCAGAAGCCUGAAUCAUCUAUUGACCUGAUCAUCCCUUAUCCAGAGAAGCCAGAGAAACCAGCAAAGGCCCAGAAACCUACUGCAGAGGAGGCUUGGCAGUGGCGCAACUCUCUGGAGAAACUCCUUCAAAAUCCUUAUGGGCUUGCCAGCUUCUGGAGCUUCCUCCAGUCUGAAUUCAGUGAGGAGAAUAUUGAAUUCUGGAUUGCUUGUGAAGACUAUAAGAAAAUAAAAAUGCCUACUAAAAUGGCUGAAAAGGCCCAAAAAAUCUAUGAGGAAUUUAUCCAGAGUGAGGCUCCUAAAGAGGUGAACAUUGACCAUUUUACCAAGUCUGUGACCAUGAAGAACCUGGUGGAGCCAUCCGUGAGCACUUUUGACUUGGCCCAGAAGAGAAUCUUUAUGCUAAUGGAAAAGGAUUCUCUGCCCAGAUUUGUGCGUUCCAGCAUAUAUCAGGACUUAGUCAAGUAGCUAUGUGGCAGAGCUGUGCAAGGCACUGAUGCUCCCACCGUCAAGCAGGGCCAUUGCUUACUCCAAUUACUACUAACUAAUUUGUAUUAUUUAUCUUCGUAGCUGCUUUACAUUAUGUGUAUUACAAGCUUCUAAAAUUCAAAGGCUGUGUUGUUAAACAUCUUCUUGAUACUGUUUUGGUCUCUCUGUUGUUACUUCCAGAUGUUUCCAUUUAUCCCAUUGCUGACUCUGCUGUCCCUUCCUUCCCAAUCAUUUAAAAAGAGGGUCCAGAUCUCUCACUUAAAUACAUUGUCUACCUAAAGGACCCCCCGAUUGUUUCUAAAUCCUUCUAUCCAUCUUUUACUUGAGCCUUCCAGUUUUAAGAAAAUUGUUGUUUGAACCAUGUCUCUUAAGAAAACAUUUUGAAUUGGGAAACUGUUUCUCUCCCCCCCCCCAUUAUUAGGAAAUAAAUGCAAUACUUGACAGAACAGCCUUCCCCAACCUAGUGCUGCCGUUUAUUGGUUAGAUUGCAACUUCAUCAUCCACAACUAGCAAGUGAGUAGUUGUGUUAGCUGUGGAUGAUUAGCUUUGUAAUCCAACACAUUGGAGGUGCCAGGUCAGGGAUGGCUCACACAGACUGGGCACAAGUAGUUUUGAAUCCCUGCAACUUGUACUCAGUUGCAAGUUAAGUAACAACUGCUUCAUAGAUUUAUAGACUGAUAAAGAUAAAGAAGGGUCUGUUAAAAAUGCAACGUGUCCUAUUGAAGAAAGGGUCAAUCCUGCAUAUGCCAUCUUAGUCUCUCUAUAAGCCACGUGGCCAUAGGUCAAGACAGCACUGGUCAGUACAAGAAAGGAUAAGGAUGUACCUAGAAAACAAUAUGCCUUCUUGUGUCUUUAUAACUAAUUCAUUCAGCGAGUCCCCAUGGUACAAUGAUGUAGUUUACACCAGCAGUUUAAUCAGAUGAAUAUGUUGUUUGAAGGCAUUAUUGCCAGAUGAGGUUGAUAUAUUUCAUGCCACAGGGAACCAGCUAAAAAUGGUGAGCACCAGCACGUGCCACAUAGAAUAGUAUUCAAAUAACAUACUCACCAUGUGAAACUAAUGCCAUAAAAUCCACCUUGUACUAGUUAGAUAUAUUCACAUGAGAAUAUCUGGACCUGGCAGUUUACAACAGGUUUGUAUCUCAACAAUCUAAAUUUCAUGUUGAUGAGGUUAUUCUGACUGUCACUUUAAAUUAGGCCAUUCAGUGGAUCAGAACCAAGUAGUUGACAUAUGA